GAGGACAGAGGAGUCACCAUGGCCUUGUCCCAGCGGGCACGGCACACCAGCCCUCCCGACGGAGGCUGGGGAUGGAUGAUCGUUGCUGGCUGCUUCCUUGUCACUAUCUGUACCAGGGCCGUGACAAGGUGCAUCUCCAUUUUUUUUGUGGAGUUCCAGGCAUACUUUGGACAGGAUUAUGCCAGAACUGCUUGGAUUCACUCCAUUGUCGACUGUGCUACAAUGCUUUGUGCCCCGCUUGGGAGUUUAAUCAGUAAUCACGUAUCCUGCCAAGUUGGUAUCAUGCUAGGAGGGCUGCUUGCAUCUACUGGACUGAUUUUGAGUUCGUUUGCCACCAGUCUGGAACAUCUCUACUUAUCACUAGGAGUCCUUACAGGACUUGGGUUUGCACUCUGUUAUUCUCCAGCCAUUGCGAUGGUGGGCAAAUACUUCAACAAAAGGAAAGCGUUGGCAUAUGGAAUAGCCAUGUCAGGAAGUGGAAUUGGUACCUUCAUCCUGGCCCCCGUGGUCCAGCUCUUAAUCGAACAGUUUUCCUGGCGAGGAGCUUUACUCAUCCUGGGAGGUUUUGUUUUAAACCUCUGUGUCUGUGGUGCCUUGAUGCGACCUAUUUCUCUCAAGGAGGAUCGUAAAACUGCUCCUGAGUUUCUUGAACAGGAUUAUGUCUCUGAAACAGAGAAACAAGAUUUAAAGCGAAUGUCCAUCUGUUCACCUUUAAUCAAAGUGUGGUCUCAUGAAUGUUCAUGGAAAGAAUAUGACUUUUUACUGAUGCCAGGCUUCAUGGUGCUGGCAGUGUCAGUUUUAUUUAUGGCAUAUGGUUGUAGCCCUCUUUUUGUCUAUUUAGUGCCUUAUGCUUUGAGUGUUGGAGUGAGUCAUCACCAGGCUGCCUUCCUCAUGUCCAUACUUGGUGUCAUAGACAUCAUCGGUAAUAUCACCUUUGGAUGGCUAACAGACAGAAGGUGUCUGAAGAAGCAUCGGUACUUUUGCUACCUCUUUGCUGUGGGAAUGGAUGGCCUCUGUUGUCUUUUCCUGCCAGUUCUCCAUAACUUCCCCUUGCUUGUGCCUUUCUCAUUUACCUUUGGCUACUUCGAUGGAGCAUAUGUAACGCUGAUCCCGGUCAUGACAGCAGAUGUAGUGGGAACUUCUUCGUUAUCAUCAGCACUGGGUGUUGUGUAUUUUCUGCAUGCCAUCCCAUAUCUAGUGAGCCCACCUGUGGCAGGUUGGCUUGUGGACACAACUGGCAGCUAUACUGCAUCAUUCCUCCUGUGUGGAUUUUCUAUGAUAUUUAGUUCAAUGCUAUUGUGCUUUGCAAGACUAGCAAAGAAAAUCAAAAGAACACAUUUGCAGUCUCUCACUGGUGAUACAGGCAUGAAACAGCACAUCUGGACCAAUGGGGCAAUAGCUUAUUCUGUCACAGCAGAAUUAGACCAAAAGGAUGUUGAGUUUUUGGCUGUGGAUACAAACAGCUACAGCACCAGGUGA